UCCGUAUAGUAAAAAUUAGCAGUGUGUGUUUUCUUCUUGUCAAUCUUUUCACGGCAACCGCUUCAGUCCGCAGUGUCGUCGUCUUCAACCUCCACCACUAUUCCACCUCGAUUUCCGGCCUAUCCAUGGGAAAAAGACGAGGCAAGCGUCUAAGCAAAAGAGGCCUAACUAGAGAUCAUGACGGUAGGAUUAGGAAGAGUUUUACAAAGGAAAAGAAGAAAUCUAAGAAGAUAACCGAAUCUUCCUUGCCUGAGACUGCAGCUGGGCUUAGUAGUAGUGCCAAUUCUGCUUCCAAUAAAGCAACUUCUUCUAGUCAUGCUAAUCAAGCUACUAGAGGGAAGGGUAGUGGGCAAUCACAUUCUGGUUUUAUCUUUAUGUGUAAUGGAAAGACUAAACCCGAAUGUUAUCAGUAUCGCGUUUUUGGGCUACCAAUGGCAAAAGUAGAAGUUGUGAAGACAAUCAAACAGGGUACACAUCUAUUUUUAUAUGACUUUGACUUGAAGCUCCUUUAUGGCACAUACAGCGCAACUUCGGAUGGAGCAUUAGAUUUGGAGCCAAUUGCGUUCAAGGGAAAAUUUCCUGCACAGGUCAGGUUUAAGAUUUCCAAGGAUUGUUUACCGCUUCACGAAAGUUCUUUUAAAACAGCCAUAAGAGACAAUUACCAGGGUGGUGGUAAGUUUAAACAAGAGCUGAAUAACAAACAGGUGCGUGCUCUGAUCUCAUUGUUCCGCCCAAUCACUGCAUCAAUGCCUACUUCUGCUGCCCAUCACCGAGAUGUGGCAAGAACAGGCUCAUAUCCAUCUCCUAUUAGGGAAGAAGGAUUUCAUCCAACAGCAAGGCCGUCUCUUCAAGAGGGCUUAUAUUUAUCUAGUGUACAACGUGCUCAUGCAUUGCCACUUCUUAAUACGCAAUCCAUACAGGUUGUUCCAUAUCCACAUUUUACAAAAUAUGAAGCAGAAAGAUGUGUGGCACGUGUUCAGCCUCCCAUAGAGCCUCGAGAUGUUGUUCAGCAUCAGCCAGAUUCGUAUUAUCUAGCAGCGGCCCAUGAGCCAUACGUGCCUGAAAAACCUUUCUUGUCCUCUCAUGAUGCAUAUAGAAGGCAUGGGGUCACACUUCCACAGGAGAUGGUUCCUAGGGAUCAAGAUGUUUCAUAUGGAAGUGUGUAUCGCUUGUCACAGUUGCUGAAGGAGAGAGAAAGAGAUAUUGUUUCCCAUUCCGAUUAUAUUGCUGAAACCUAUAGUCGACACUUGCCAACUCAUCCAGCCUCACAGUUUAGGUUGCAGUCACAUUCUUCGGCAUCAUCUUAUGAGUUACCAUCAACUUACCAACCAUAUUAUCAAGCAACGAUCCAUCAGGAUCAGAACCCGGUGGAUCGUGAUCCUCUUCAGAGACCAUUGCAUGGAAGCUCUAAUGAGGCAAGUUUGCCAAUCUGUUCUCACUUGUCUUCCACUGGAGCUGCCCGCUACUACUGAAUGAGACUUGGAUGUGCAACUUCAUUCAAGUCAUGCUGCUGUCGUUGCCAUUGUUCUGUUGCCAAGUUCCGGUUCGAACUCACUGUAAGAUCAUCAUACACCAUAUUUUUUUUUUCCUGCCAGCAGUCUGUCAUUUUGUUCUUUUAUAUUAGGGGAGCUGGUGUCCCAUUCCUUUGAUAAAUGUUUAGAGGCGCAAUCCAGUGCUUGAAGCAACUGAUUCAGUUAGAAGAAUCUGCCUUGGCUAGCACCUUGCUAGAAUGACUGCAGACUAGUGCACUUGGGAAACUUUGUAUAUACAUAAGUUGAUCACUCCUUGUAUGAUUAGCAUGGAUUCAUAUAUUCUUUCGCUGUUUAUUUGAGAAUUGGGGCAAAUUGUGUUUUUUAGUACAGAUUUCCUCAUAAUCUGAUAUCAUA